GAAUCUACUCCUGCUUCUUCCUUUCUGUAUAUAUACCUCUGCACCACACACGUGCGUUGCACUCCCCCCUCUCCCCCCUCCUUCUCCUCUUGCUUUGCUUCUCCAUUCAUUCUUGUUCUCCGCAGCUUGGUUUUUGUUUUACUUCUCCCUUCUUAAUCGUGCAUUGCCUUGUCCUUGUAAUUCGCACUGCGCGCUGGUUGACUUCGUCACCUUUCUCUGUUGUGCUUCUGCUGCUGCUGCUGCUUUCCAAUCUUUCAGCGCCUCCUCCAUCGUGGCCCCGCCCUCGUCAUCCUAGCAGUAUUUCAUUCGCUUACACGACACGAGAAAAAUCCGCCCCUUGCAUAGAGUGAGCGCCUAAACUGUUUUUUUUUUUUAAAGAGGGGAAAAAGAAGACUUGCCCGAGGCAGACGUACCGCGCUGCGGUUGUCCAAGGUUUCCUGUGCUGCCGUGUCCCGCGUCAACGCCCAACCGGCCGAGCAGCAUCCGAACACGAGACUUUUAAAAAGGAAAAGGGAAAGCAGAGAUGGGCAGUAGUCUUUGUGGUUGUUGCGCCGCAAAGCCGGAUUACAAGAACGGUACGCCGCUCGUCUCCGGCACGGUCACGCCCUGCUUCGAAGACGGACGCCUCUUUAAGGUGGUCAAAGGAAACAAGUGGUACUUCUACAAUGACACCCAGGACUACGAGAUGAAGGUGACCGCCGUCUUCGGCGCGGGGUCUGAUGUCACGGCGCUGACGGACGAAACGGAUAUGAAGCGGCAGGACGAGUCAGGGGCGUGCACGGCGAUCCUGGCCUUGUUGCCGCUAGAAACCAAAGGCAUGGUGAAGGUGAAGACGGCCAACGGCUUCAAGAUAGACUUCUCCGGUGUGCCCUUCACGGAGCAGGAGCGUUUGCUACUUCGGCAGCGAGCCGUCGCAAAGGUAAACGCCGACCUCGCCGAGAUGCGCAAGCUCAAGGAGAAGAACACGAAGAUUACGAAUGAGAAUCGCCUCGUCAAGGUUGCCCGUAUCAAGAGUAAGAUGUACACCGACACCACGUUUCCCCCCACUGCGCAGUCGCUGAUCCGGCCCGGCAUCGACUCCGCUCCGGACGCGUGCUUGAAGAAGCCCGACACGGUUGCGUGGCGGCGUCCACAGGACUAUCUGCCGAGGGAGUGGCACGGCAAGAUCUGCCUCUGGGAUGGCAUUGCGCCGUCGGACAUCGACCAAGGCCAGUUGGGCGACUGCUAUUACCUCUGCGCGAUUGCCGCGCUCGCGGAGUACAACGCCGCUAUCGAGGGCAUCUUCAAAAACCACCACUGGUGCUACGUGCGCAAUCAGGAGCAGAAGUACGGGGCGUGGCGUGUGAACCUGAACAUUAACGGGUGGUGGCGCACCAUCAUCCUCGAUUCCUACCUGCCCAGCGUGCAGCUGCUGCCCUGCUUCGCACGCAACCGCCACCAUCCAAACGAACUGUGGGUGUCCUACCUGGAGAAGGCGUACGCCAAGGCCUUCGGCUCCUACCAAGCCAUCGUGGCGGGCUUCCCCUGGCAAGCGCUGGAGGACCUAACCGGCUUCCCAGCGUACAGCUUCGAGGACCGCUGGAGGAAGGCGCAGACCGAUGCCAGCGUGCGCGAGAAGCUCUUCGACUCGUUGCACAAGUGGAACGAGAAGAAGUACUUGCUGUCCAUCGCUACCCCCGGUGAAGGCAAGCUGACCAUGGCCGGCAAGCAGCUCUCCGCCGCCGAGGCAGAGACCCUCUUCGACAAGGCGGGUCUCGGCACUGGGCACGCCUACUCCGUCCUCGAUGUGAAGUACUUUCCGGUGUACCAGUUCUGUCUGCUGAAGAUCCGCAAUCCGUGGGGCUCUAACGUGGAGUGGACCGGUGACUGGGGCGAUGACAGCCCGCUCUGGGACCGCCACACCAUCAUCAAACUCGCCUGUCGCCCGGAAAAGAAGGCCGACGGCACCUUCUGGAUGGAGUGGAAGGACGUCGUGAAAUUCUUCGACAGCGGCUCCGUGUGCUUCCGCCGUGGCAACUUCUUCAAAUCGUGGAAUGACUACCGCAUCUUCGGCACCUUCGAGGACCUGUGGUGCGACACAGCCCUCGAGAUUGUGGUGAAGAAGAAGAAGAAGUUCUCCGCCUACCUCAGCCUGCAUCAGAAGGAUCGCCGCGGUCUCAGCACCAAGGACGCAGAGUACAAGUACGCUGCCAUAAUGCUGAGUGUGUCGGAGGGAGACAUAAACGGUGGCCAGCAGAAGAUCGUGGCGAACUCGUGCGAGGCGGUGGAGGAGCCCACUGCCGAGUACCUCUUCCAGCAGACCCGCUCCGUAUCGCUCAAGUUCGAGUUCACGAAGGAUCACAAGUACCUCGUGAUCCCGCGCCGUAUGAAGAGCAACACGGGCAACAACAACCAAAAGAAGAAAUACGUCAUCGCCAUCCGCAGCGACGUCUCCCUCUCCUCCAGCGAUAUCGAGGUGAACAUCGUCCGCAUCGCGAAGGACAACCCCGUGUUCCGCAACGUAGCCACAUUUGAGGUCGGUACGCUAACGAACAUCAACACGCUGUACCAGACCAAGGACGGCAACGAGGUGUUCCACACCUUCAGGGGAGAGAACUUGCGCAAAGGGGAGAAGCAGCACAACGCGGAGUUUGAGAUGAUCUUGUAG